CUGUAUUAGAAGUAAACAUUUGGCUGCUCUUCAGGCACCUAUUUGACAGUACACAGGAUCUGAUCUUAAUCAACUGACUUGAACACGUCACCAGUAUCUGUGACCUGUGUACAAACGCUGUGAUGUAAUUUGCUGAUCAGAAAAUCUGCGAGGCAUUUUGACAGUACUGGACAGGGAUUUAGCAGAAGAUCAAAGAAUAAGCAUCAAGACAAGAACAAUGUCCAAAUCUCUUCUAAAAGGGAAGGCACUCUGUGUGAUUACUGGAGCAAGUCGGGGAUAUGGAAGAUGUCUGGCUGAAAUGUUUGUUACACAUCUUCCAGCUGGGUCACUUCUACUGCUCCUUGCUAGAAAUACUGACCAACUUACAGAAGUUUCAGCACGGUUAACUUCAUUAAACAAUUCAGUGAGAGUAGCAUGGGAGAAAUUUGAUCAGUCAAAUGUAACAGAUUGUUCUCAAGAAAAUAUUCACAGCAUUCUAAGUAAAGCAGAAAUAAGGUUGCAAGAUUUCAAUAGUGUUUUUCUGGUUCAUAAUGCCGGCUCAGUUGGAGAUCUCACAAAGUACGCCUGGGAGUUCAGUGAUGGAAACAUGGUGGCAAACACAAUAAACUUAAAUGUUACUGGCACAGUUCUGCUGAAUGCAUCGUUACUCAAUGAAAUAAGAAAAUAUGAUAUUAAGCAGAAGAUUGUGGUGAAUGUUUCCUCGCUGGCAGCAAUACAGCCUUUUUCCUCCUGGUCUCUCUACUGUGCAGGAAAAGCAGCCAGGGAUAUGUUUUUCCAAACAUUAGCAGCAGAAGACCAGACCUUGCGUGUGUUGAACUGGGCACCUGGACCCCUCGACACAGACAUGCAAGCUUUAUGUCGGGAAUGUGCUGACCCCACACUGAGACAAACAUUUAAUGACAUGCACAAGAAUGGUUCGCUACUGAAGUGUAAGGAAUCUGCUGCCAAACUAAUCACAUUGCUGGAGAAAAACACCUUUGUAUCAGGACAACAUAUAGACUAUUAUGACAAUUUAGAGUAGCAGAAAUAUUUUAUACUUGUGCAAAACAGUUAACUAGAGUUCAGACUCUGACCAUUUGUGAUAAAUUUUGAAUACAGAAUAUUGUAUAUUAAUUUAAAGACGUCUGCUACAAGCAAGUAAUGUAAUAACUCAAAUUUCCUAUUUGUCUUCUGUUUGAAAUUACAUUACCUAAAGCUCAACCAAACAAAGACUUUAUGAAAUGAUGUUCAAGUCGAGUAUCUAGGUUUGUUCGUUUCAUCAUUUGACUUGCUUGUUUUUAGCCCACCAUCAUCAGAUGGUGGGCUAUUAAAAUCACUCUGCAUCCGUGGUCCGUCCGUCCGUCAUUCCGUCAACAAUUUCUCAUUAUCGCAUCUCCUCAGAAACUACUGGGGGGAUUUUGACCAAACUUUGUCAGAAUGAUGUAUUGGUACCCUAGUUAUGUCCCUCUGAAAAUCAGACUGGUUCAACAAUUUAUGAGUGAGUUAUGGCCCUUUGUUUAUUUCUAUAUUUUACAUAGAUUUAUAUAGGGAAAAACUUUGAAAACCUUCUUAUCCAAAACCACAGAGCCUAGGGCUUUGAUAUUUGGUUUGAAGCAUCAUCUAGUGGUCCUCUGCCAAGAUGAUUCAAAUUAUUUCUCUGGGGUCAAAUAUGGCCCCGCCCUGGGGGUCACAUAGUUUAUAAUGACUUAUAUAGGGAAAAACUUUGAAUAACCCCUUGUCCAAAACCACAGGGCCUAGGGGUUUGAUAUUUUGUAUGUGACAUCAUCUAGUGGUCUUCAACUAAGAUUGUUCAUAUUAUACCCCUAGGGUCAAAUAUGGCCCCGCCCUGGGGGUCAUAUGGUUUACAUAGACUUACAUAAGGAAAAACUUUGAAAAUCUUCUUGUCCAAACCACAAAGCCUAAGGCUUUGAUACUUGUAAUGUAGCAUCAUCUAGUGGUUCUCUACCAAGUUUGUUCAAAUUAUCGCCCUAGGGUCAAAAAUUGCCCUGCCCCGGGGGUCACAUGGUUCAUAUAGACUUAUAUAGGGAAAAGCUUUUAAAAUGUUCUUGUCAAUAACUACAACAUUCAAAUUUGGACCACAUGUAUAUUUUUGAGUGGCAAGAUGAACCUUAACAUGAGUUGACCUUGAUUUUGAUCUAGUGACCUACUUUCACAUUUCUGUAGCUACAGCCUUCAAAUUUGGACCACAUGUAUAUUUUUGAGUGGCAAGAUGAACCUUGACAUGAGUUGACCAUGAUUUUGACCUAGUGACCUACUUUCACAUUUUUGAAGGUACAGGCGUCAAAUUUGGACCAUAUGCAUAGUUCCGUGUUUCAAAAUGAAAUUUGACAUUGAUUUUGACCUAGUGACCUACUUUCACAUUUCUCAAGCUACAGCCUUUAAAUUUGGACCACAUGCAUAGUUUUGUGUACCGAAAAAAACUUUGACCUUCACAUUGACCUAGUGACCUACUUUCACAUUUUUAAGGUACAGGCUUCAAAUUUGGACCACAUGCAUAGUUUUGUAUUCCGAAAUAAAAUUUGACCAUGAUUUUGACCUAGUGACCUACUUUUACAUUUCUCAAGCUACAGCCUUCAAAUCUGGACCACUUGCAUGGUUUUGUGUACCGAAAUGAACUUUGACCUUUACAUUGACCUAGUGACCUACUUUCACAUUUUUAAGGUACAGGCUUCAAAUUUGAACCACAUGCAUAGUUUUGUAUUCCGAAAUAAAAUUUGACCUUGAUUUUGACCUAGUGACCUACUUUUACAUUUCUCAAGCUACAGCCUUCAAAUCUGGACCACUUGCAUGGUUUUGUGUACCGAAAUGAACUUUGACCUUUACAUUGACCAAGUGACCUACUUUCACAUUUUUGUAGCUACAGGCUUCAAAUUUGGACCACAUGCAUAGGAUUGUGUACCGAAACAAACUUUGACCUUGACAUUGACCUAGUGACCUACUUUCACAUUUCUCAAGCGACAGCUUUCAAAUUUUGACCACAUGCACAGUGUUGUGUAUGGAAAUGAAAUUUGACCUUGAGGUAGUCAGUAAGUCUUGAAAUUUGGAACACUCAAAAAUGGCACAUUGGUGGGCGCCAAGAUCACUCUGUGCUCUCUUGUUGCAGUUUGCUAUUUUGAAUAUUUGUUACAAAUAGUUAUUGUAUAGACUGCAGUUUGCAAGCUUUUUUACCAUUUUUUACCAAACUUGUAUCACUUAGGCAAUGGUUAAACACAUCAAAUCUUUAAUAUAGUUUUUGUAUAUAUCUAUUCAUCAUAAAAAAAUGUCAAGUACCAGUAGUACAAAUGCUCUGUAACAUUUCUUACAUUUAUAAUUUUACAUAUCUAGUAUUCCAGGUCAAAUAUAAGAUAAAGUUUUUUUGAGAGUGUGACAAAACAUUAACACAACAGAACAUCAACACAACAUUUCAUUGACAGAACAACAUCUUAUUGAUGUAACAGACUUGAAAGUGUUAGGGAAUUAUCUCUGUUUGACACUCCUAAUACAGGUUAUAUACCACAUAAACAGAUACAUGUAUAUGAUGUUCUGAUUCAAACUCUGGUAUUAUAUGUUAUUUUAGCAGGAAAUGUCGACUCCAGCAGAUAUAGCCUGUUCUGUACAGUAAGCAAGCAAAUGAAAAUAUAACAGCUAUUUCGUUUAAUAAAUAAUUUCAAAUAAUUCAUUAUCUAUCAAAAUGUACAAGUUUGAUACAAAAUGUAAUUAAAAUACUCCCGACAAUCACGCGUCAACAUGUAGACUUUCUACCAUUUUGAGCCCCAUGUGGUUCUUGGACGAUCUGUGUAUGAAAAGAAUUGGAACCACUGCCUUACCCUUGCAUGAUCGUAAGAGGCGACUAAUAGGGUCUUAACACUCGGUUUUGCUGUAACUCUGUGAUUCCAGCAGGUAUACAAAUUUUGAUUCCAUACCUCGUGUUUUUAUUUCGAUGUAAAUGAGAUGUGAAAUCAAAACUUGUAGUCCUGUUUGGUGCCAUAUAGCCUAUACUGUGUUGGUGCGCCGUAAAACCCAAAUAAAUAAAUAAAUACUA